AUGUAUGAAAUCUGUAAAAAGAUUGGCAGAGGCAAGUACUCUGAAGUAUUUGCUGGUGUGAAUGCUUUGAAUAAGCAAAAGUGUGUUAUCAAGGUAUUGAAACCUGUCAAAAAGAAGAAGAUCAAGAGAGAAAUCAAGAUUUUGCAAAACUUGACAGGAGGCCCUAACAUUGUGGGUUUAUUGGAUGUGGUUCGAGACCCUGAGUCUAGAGUGCCCUGUUUGAUCUUUGAGAGCAUUGACAAUAUUGAUUUUAGAGUGCUUUAUCCUCGCUUUACUGAUUUAGAUAUUCGCUAUUACAUGUAUGAAUUAUUGAAGGCUCUUGAUUACUGUCAUUCUAUGGGUAUUAUGCAUCGUGAUGUUAAGCCUCAUAAUGUGAUGAUUGAUCAUACAAAGAGACAAAUUCGUCUUAUUGAUUGGGGUUUGGCAGACUUUUAUCAUCCUGGGGAGAAAUACAAUGUCAGGGUUGCUUCUCGUUGUUUCAAAGGACCUGAAUUAUUGGUUGAUUUUCAUUAUUAUGAUUAUAGUUUGGAUUUAUGGAGUUUUGGCUGUAUGCUUGCAGGCAUGGUAUUCCGUAGAGAACCCUUUUUUAGUGGUUCAGACAACUAUGACCAAUUAGUCAAGAUUGCCAAGGUUCUUGGUACUGACAAGCUACAUGAAUAUUUGACAAAAUAUGACUUAAAAUUGCAUCCUCAUAUUCAGAAAGUGAUGGGAAAAUACCCCGUAAAGCCUUGGACUAAAUUUGUGACAUCCGAAAAUGAAAAAUAUAUGUCAGAAGAACUCUUUGAUUUAUUAGACAACUUGUUGCAAUAUGACCAUCAAGAUAGACCCACUGCACAAGAAGCCAUGAACCACCCUUAUUUCGGUAAACUGAAGCACACAUAUUUAUUUUGUUCUGUUACUGAUUCCUAUAGCUCCCAUUCGUGA